AUGUCCUACGGAAACCAAGAAUACGGCGGCGGCGGCUCCGGCGCUAACAACUACUACGACCAGAGCAACGACUUCUCAGGCCGCAACGAAUCCCACGGAAACCAGAACCAGGGCUACGGUAACCAGGGCAGCUACGGUGGUCGUCAGGAGGAAUCCUACGGUGGUAACAACCAGGGUGGUUACGGCGGUGGCCGCCAGGAAUCCAAUUACGGUGGAAACAGCGGUGGCUACGGUCGUCAGGAAGAAUCCUACGGUGGAAACAACAACUACGGCAGCAACCAGGGUGGCUACAACAACUCCAGCUCCGGCUACGGCGAACAGUCCCAAGGCCAAUCCCACCACAACCGCCGCAACAGCAACAACAGCGACGACUUCAGCAGCGCCGCCCAACACGCACAGGAGCAGCACGACAGCGGCGCUUCGGGCAGCCUUUUCAACUCCGCUUUGAACUUCAUCAAGGAGCGGAAGAGUGGAUAUAAUGAUUCCGAGGUUGAUGAGGAACAUGCUGUGAACAGUCACCAGGCUAUGUAUGGAUCUGGAUCUGGAUCUGGUCAGCAUGAUAGUCAGACUCUGGGUGCUGGGGCUGCUAUGCAGGCUUUGAAGAUGUUUACUGGCGGUGGUUCUUCUUCUGGUGGUGGGUCUGAUGGUGGGAUGGAUAAGAAUAAGCUUAUUGGGCUUGCUAUGGCUCAAGCUGGGAAGUUGUGGGAGGAGAAGAACUCUUCGGGGAGUGUGUCUGGUGAUAAGCAGUCUGCUGUCAACCAUGCUGCCGAGAUGGCCCUUAAGAUGUACAUGAAGAGUCAGGGUGGUGGUAUUGGUGGUACUGGUGGUGCUAGUGGAUUGAUGGGUCUAGCUAGCAAGUUCCUCUCUUAG